GGCAAGGUCCGCCACCAUGCCUUUCAAUGGUGGCAAGAUGGCUGCCAUCUAUCAGAUGGAUGACAUCCCCCUUCCUCCACGCCGCCUCCCUGCCUCCCAGGCCACCCCCAAAUCCCCUCCUCCUCCUCCCCCAUCCUCAUCCCGAUCAGAUCGUCGCAAGGGCCUGAUUCUUCUUGUCGACGAGCUCCCCUCUGAUAUCAAGGACCUCCAAUUUGACGCACCACGUCUCCCUCCCAGCUCCUCCCUUUCUGCUCCGCCCAAGGGACUCCUUAUCGACCGCAAGGACCUUCCGAGACUAGUAAAGAAGGUGGUCAGAUUCGCUCCAGACACUAAGCCCGCCUGAAUGAACAAAUCAAAUUCCCUUGUCUCUCUUCUCUCAUCUUAUUCCUGGAAAGUCUUUCGUCUCACUCUCAUUUACUUGUAUCAUCAAUACUCAAUCCCUCAAUCAGUCGUCUCAAUAUCCAAUUCCUCAAUCAGUCGGCUCUAAAUUACAUCCAGUAUGCAUCAAAUUUACGAUACCACUCACACACGCAGUUCCCACUCUUCAUGACACUCUACCUCAUAAAACUCUCCAUGUACUACCACUUAUCCACACCUUGUGCCUAGUUU